UCACUGCAGGAGGGAAGAAGUCUACGAGGAUCCAUCCAUUUCCUGCCCACAGCGAAGGACAGCAUGAGCACAGCUGGAAAAGUAAUCAAAUGCAAAGCGGCCGUGCUAUGGGAGCCUCACAAGCCCUUCACCAUCGAGGACAUAGAAGUCGCACCCCCCAAGGCCCAUGAAGUUCGCAUUAAGAUGGUGGCCACCGGAGUCUGCCGCUCAGAUGAUCACGCGGUUAGUGGAUCCCUGUUCACGCCUCUUCCUGCAGUUCUAGGCCACGAGGGAGCUGGCAUUGUUGAGAGCAUUGGAGAAGGGGUGACUUGUGUGAAACCAGGUGAUAAAGUCAUCCCGCUGUUCUCUCCCCAGUGUGGAAAAUGCAGGAUCUGCAAGCACCCGGAAAGCAACCUCUGUUGCCAAACUAAGAAUCUGACACAGCCUAAGGGAGCUUUGCUCGACGGCACCAGCAGGUUCUCCUGCAGGGGAAAGCCCAUUCACCACUUCAUCAGCACCAGCACCUUCUCCCAGUACACUGUGGUAGAUGACAUAGCGGUGGCCAAAAUCGAUGCGGCUGCACCACUGGACAAAGUCUGCCUCAUCGGCUGUGGCUUCUCGACUGGCUAUGGCUCUGCCGUCCAAGUCGCCAAGGUGACCCCAGGCUCCACCUGUGCCGUGUUUGGCCUGGGAGGUGUUGGUCUGUCUGUCGUCAUUGGCUGUAAAACAGCAGGAGCAGCCAAGAUCAUUGCCGUGGACAUCAACAAAGACAAGUUUGCGAAGGCCAAAGAGUUAGGUGCCACUGACUGUAUCAACCCUCAAGACUACACCAAACCCAUCCAGGAAGUUCUCCAGGAGAUGACUGAUGGAGGGGUGGACUUUUCAUUUGAAGUCAUUGGCCGUCUUGACACCAUGACUUCUGCCCUGUUAAGCUGCCAUUCAGCAUGCGGUGUAAGCGUCAUUGUCGGGGUGCCUCCCAGUGCCCAAAGCCUCUCCGUUAACCCCAUGUCGCUGCUGCUGGGACGCACCUGGAAAGGAGCAAUAUUCGGCGGGUUUAAGAGUAAAGAUGCCGUCCCCAAACUUGUCGCUGACUUCAUGGCUAAGAAGUUUCCGUUGGAGCCGCUGAUUACUCAUGUUUUACCUUUUGAAAAGAUAAAUGAAGCAUUUGACCUGCUCCGUGCUGGAAAGAGUAUCCGUACCGUCCUGACGUUCUGAGAACACAUGAAUGCCUUCCCGGUUUCUGACUCCUCCGCCUACCGAAUCAAGCGCCAGCCACAUCACAACCUUAACCUUGCUCUUCAGAGACACACAGCCAAUAAAGCACCUGUGCAAGCUUUCCGUGAGAAACUGAGUUUUCUAUGGAACCUGUUCCAACCGCAUGUUUACAAUCCUAUCUAUGGCUUUCGCACCUCAGCUGGGGAACUGUGGGGUACUAAACCAUCCUUCUUUUUCGAUUGACUUAGAUCAUCUCUCCUCCUGAGGACAGUGUGUCUUGUUGACAACUUGCAUUCUUUUCUGUUUGGAAUCGCAGUGGCUGACACUCAGUGGAGCAGACAGACCUUUCUCUCCCCCAUGCACACAGAAUACCCCAUGUGCUCAUUCUCCCGACCCCUCCCGUUCUACUGUGUGUACCUCCUUCUUUAUGAAAGGCGUGAGUGUGCAAGGAACCCACAGCAGGUCAGGGGACAGAGCUGGGCUGGAAGCUGGAGAAUCUCUGUUGUAAGAACUAAAAGGCAGCACCACACAUGGCCGCUCUGCUUCUAUGCCCUUUGGUGGACAAUGAAUAUGGAGUUGUUUCCUUCAAUAAAAACCUGAAAUAAUGACUGA